AUGGCUCAGCAGCCUCCUUCCGCACCACGAGCCUACUCCCAAGCGUAUAUGCCAAACGGAGCUCCACCGAACGUGAGCGGUCCAGUGCCGGGAGCUCGGCCGCUUGAGCCGAACCAAGGUCGCGUGCAGCAGCUCGGCCAUGCUCGAGUGCUCUGUAUAGCCGACGUCAGAGGCAACCUUAGGCAGCUGAACGAUCUUGCGCGCAAUGCCAACGCAGACUGCAUCAUCCACACUGGCGACUUCGGCUUCUACGACGAGACCUCGCUCGACCGGAUAGCUGAGAAGACACUCAAACAUGUCGCUCAAUACUCGCCUCUACUCUCCGAGCCAGUGAAAGCGGACAUAGCACGCUCAGGCGCACAGCAAGCCAUCAAGGAUCGCUUCCACCGUGAACGCCUACCACUCUCAGAGCUCCCACAGUUCUUGAACAAGACGUACAAGCUUGACGUACCCGUGUAUACGGUGUGGGGAGCGUGCGAAGAUGUGUCGGUGCUAGAGAAGUUACGCUCCGGCGAAUACAGGAUUGACAAUCUCAACAUCAUUGACGAAUCGCACUCGCGUCUGCUCGAUGUUGGCGGUGUAAAACUGCGUCUUCUGGGUCUUGGCGGUGCCGUAGUCAUGCACAAGAUGUUCGACAACGGUGAAGGCCGGACAACGAUUGCUGGCGGACAAGGGACCAUGUGGACGACACUGCUCCAGAUCGGUGAACUUAUUGACACCGCAAACCGCGUCUACGACCCAACAGAGACCCGCCUGCUUGUCACACACGCUUCACCUGCGCGAGAAGGCUUGCUGAACCAGCUGUCCGUUACGCUCAAGGCAGACUUCUCGGUAUCGGCGGGAUUGCAUUUCCGCUACGGAAGCUCAUACAACGAGUUUUCGGUCAACCCGUCUCUCGAUCACUACCGUGGCAAGCUCUCCGCGUCAAAAGCGCAGUUCAAUGACGUGUGGGAGACAGUCAAGCACGAAGUUGAACCGGCGGUCCAAGAGAAUGAGGCGCAAAACAAGCUACUGCAACUGGCUCUGGAUCUAGUUUCCAAGAUGCCACUCACCGCAUCUGGUGGCAACCCGUUCGGUGGCGGUCCGCCGAACGGUCAGGUUGAUGAGUCAGCGUUCAAGAACAUGUGGAACUUCAAUCUAGCAGAUGCUGCGUUUGGCUGGCUUGUGCUUGACAUCGACCAAGGUCGGAUCGGGACGGAGAUGCGUGCUCAAGGCUUUAAUUUCUCACAUCGUAGCGGAAAGGCGCCGCAGAGGCCAAACGCCGUACCAUCUGCGCCGUCAAACUCCAGCAUGGCCCCAACCAGCGGAAGCCUCCCGACUCCUGGCCAGCAGCCGCCGCCAAUGGUACAGCAGCAAGUCAGGCCACCACCUCAGAGGCCUGCUACGCAGCAGACCGGCGUCAACCAGCAACCGCCGCAGCAAAGUGCUCAGCAGCCCCUGGCUCAGAGGCAGUUCCAGCAAGCAACUCAGCCGCAGCCGAUUCAGCAGCAGCAGCCUGUUCUAAUACAGCCAGUACAAACAGCGAUACCUCCACCGUCGCAGACCAGCGCACCGCUUACCGCCAAUGGCACAACCGCACCCAUCACUAACCUGCCGCAAACCAAUGGCGCUGCUCCUGAGGCCGACAAGCCAUCGGAGACACCUCAGAGCAAACUGAACAACGUUCCGCAGCCUUCGCCGACUCUACAACAGCCGCAGGAGCCGUCGAAGGGCAUCUUCAUCACUGGCGCUUUCGACCUACAAGGUGUCGAUGAUGUCAAGUCCCAGCUAUUCACUCCCGAAGAUGCCUCGAAGAUUGUGGGUGUCGACAAGGCGGGUCAAUCCAGGUUCAUCGCCCAUUUCGCAGACGCAGAGACGAUGAAAGACGUUCUAAAGCGUGGCCCGGCGAAGGAGGGUAAGGAGAAGCACAAAGCGGUGAAGUUUGCCGAGUAUCGCCAUACUCGAGGCGACUUCGGCGGCAACCGUGCUGGCUGGGGUUUUGGUGGCAGAGGUGGCGCUCCGCCGCGCGGAGGUGCGGCUGGAGAAGGCAGGGCUGGCUAUCAUUCUGCUGGCGGUGCUACGACCGGCAGCGACAGCGAGUCGGGCCGGGGCGGUCGUGGCCGCGGCAGAGGAGGAUUCGGCAGAGGCGACCGAGGGCGUGGUGGGCGCGGUGGCCGUGGUGGCGCAGAUAGAGGAGGCGCAGGCAAGCCGGAUGGUGCGUCCCCGGCACCUGCCAGCUCCACUACGGCGCCCGCCCCAGCUGCUGGCGCAGGUGAUUCUUAG